AUGCCCAUCUGCCGCCGCCUCCUCGCCACCGGUCGCCCGCGCCAGCUCAUCGCCGCCAGUGGUAGCCACCACCAGCUCAUCGCCGCCACCGGUAGCCACCACCAGCUCAUCGCCGCCACCGGUCGCCGCCACCUGCGCACGUCAUCGCCGCUGCUCGCGGCGGUCGAGAACAGCCACUUCAAGACGCAUCCCAAGACCGACGCUCAUUUUGCUGACCAAAAAGUCUGGGACAAUCCGAUCCCACACGAGAUCUACAGCGCCGACGACCUCGCCAAGAUCCACCCGACGCACCGCGACCCGGUCGAGAUGCACGCCAAAGUGGCCCUCUUCGCGGUGCGCCUUAUGCGCUCGGGCUUUGACUUUGUCUCGCGCUACAAGGGUCCGGGUGGCGGCAUGACGGCGGGUGACUGGGUCAACCGCGCGCUCUUCCUCGAGACGGUCGCGGGUGUCCCCGGCAUGGUCGCCGGCAUGGCCCGCCAUCUCCGCUCGCUGCGCACGAUGCAGCGCGACCAGGGCUGGAUCCACACGCUGCUGGAAGAGGCCGAGAACGAGCGCAUGCACUUGCUCAUCUUCCUCAACAUGAAGUCGCCGGGUCCGCUCUUCCGACUCUUUGUGCUCGGCGCGCAAGGCGUCUUCUUCAACCUGUUUCCUCGCGAAGAGGCCGUGCACACGUACACGGCGCUCGUCCAGGACAUUGAGAACGGGCAUGUCGACCAUUGGGACACGGACAUUGCGCCGCUGAUCGCACGCAACUACUACAAGCUGCCCGAGACCGCGACCGUCCUGGACAUGAUCAAGUGCAUUCGGGCCGACGAAGCCAACCACCGCGACGUCAACCACACGUUUGCUGACGUCGAGUGGAAGACGGCGGUCAACCCGUUUCUUCACAAGCACCGCAAGCCAGCCUCGGAAGGAGAGAAAAAGUCCAAGCCAGUGGCAUCGUAGCCAAAAGGUUAAAUGCGCGAAUACUUAUUUCAUGAUUGAGCCCA